CAAGCGCACCCUUUAAGUUGUUGUUAGUGGCGGUAAGAUGGCGGCGCUCGGAGAUGCAUCAGCUCCGGGGGUGAAUGGGUUAAUACAACAAUUUACAGCUAUUACAGGGGCCACAGAGAGUGUAGGGAAGCAUAUGCUGGAGGCAUGCAACAACAACCUAGAGAUGGCAGUGACCAUGUUUCUAGAUGGAGGGGGGAUUGCAGAGGAGCCCAGCACCAGCUCAAGUUCAGCAGCAGCCUCCAGCAGCAGAGUUCCCCCCACAGAUGAUGAUGUACGGGCGCCUAUUCCCCAAAAGCAAGACAUACUGGUGGAGCCAGAGCCACUGUUUGGAGUGCCAAAGCGAAGAAGACCAGCUCGGUCCAUAUUUGACGGCUUCCGGGACUUCCAAACAGAAACCAUCCGACAGGAGCAGGAGUUGAGGAACGGCAGUGCGGUAGACAAGAAGCUGAGUACCCUGGCAGACCUGUUCCGCCCGCCUAUUGAGCUCAUGCACAAAGGCAGUUUUGAGACGGCAAAAGACUGCGGUCAACUGGAGAACAAAUGGUUAAUGAUCAACAUCCAGAAUGUGCAGGAUUUUGCCUGCCAGUGCCUGAAUAGGGAUGUGUGGAGUAACGAUGCUGUGAGGACCAUCAUCAGAGAGCAUUUCAUAUUUUGGCAGGUGUACCACGACAGUGAAGAGGGACAGAGAUAUAUCCAGUUCUAUAAGUUGAACAAGUUUCCCUAUAUAUCCAUCUUGGACCCCCGCACAGGUCAGAAGAUGGUGGAGUGGAACCAGCUGGACGUUGCGUCCUUCCUUGAGCAGGUGACGGGGUUCCUGACGGAACAUGGCCAACUCGACGGCCCAUCCAGCCAAGCACCGCCCGCCAAACGUGCUCGCUCGGAGAGUUUGAUAGAUGCCAGUGAGGACAGUCAGCUUGAAGCAGCCAUCCGAGCCUCCCUCCAGGAAACCCACUACGACUCGUCCUUUGCCCCGGAUCCCCCAGACUCCCCCCGAUCCGAAGACGACUCUGACGCAGAGCCCUUUUCCGAUAGCGACGGUGUCAUCUCUGUUGACUGCUCUGAUAACGAAACAGCAGAGGUCCAGGAGGAAGGCAACUCCUUGGGUCAACAUAGCCCAGCUGGACAAGCCAAUCCUACUCCCACUGUCCUGCCGUCUCUCAGACCCGACAGCCCCCCAACUCGUCACAGGAAGUCACCCUCUAAAGAGAAUAACCACAGGAAAGAGGAGAGCAAAAAGAACCACCUAGAACCUCUGGUGCCUGGGCCCAGUUGUUCCCAACCUGACCCAGACUCGGAGCAUUGUUUGGGGGAGAACUAUCGCACUUCAAGUAGCUCCAGACCUGCUAAGACCAGCACCACAGAACCAUAUGACCUUGACUGCCUUGACGACAAUGGUCCUAAAACCAGACUGAUGCUUCGCUACCCGGAUGGACAAAGAGAGCAGAUUGCCCUGUCAUCUAAUGCCAAGCUUAUGGCCUUGGUGAGACACGUCCAAAGGAAGGGUUAUCCCAACGAACGCUUUGAGCUCGUCACCAACUUCCCUAGACGGAAGUUGGCUCACUUGGACUAUGACAUCACAUUACAGGAGGCGGGCCUCUGUCCGCAAGAGACUGUAUUUGUGCAGGAGAGGAAUUAGCCCACUCUGAACUAACCCUCAUAUCUAUCUAUCUAUGGUAGACCUGUAUGUCUCUGAUCAUCUGGGAGGAUGGCAACACAGACCUCUCUUUUCUUCAUUUUGGAUGACCUUAGGCCACUGCCAGGACACCUGCUGGAUGGACUUCACUUCCUACCAUGCCAGUGGGUGGAGUCCCUGGCCUGGGAACAUUUGUCUCGAAUGAACACCCGUCAUUGUGCACUGCCUGUGGCCAAUUAAGAUGUCAUUGGUGGCAUAGCCUUCCCUCUUUUAUUGGACCCUGAUGUUCUCUAUUCUGAUAUACUUUUAUUCUUAGACAUACAGAGUAUAAUAGAUUGAACAUGCAAUGAACAAAGUGUUCCAAAUAUUGUUAAGGCUGGUACAUCAGCAUCAGAUUCUUCAAAAGCGUAUUCUUCCGAUAAUUCAAAAGCAGGGCUCGACAUCAGUGCUUAUCCUAUUGUCCAGGACAAGCAACAUUUUUGGUGGAUAAAAGUGGUAUGCUGGGAAACAAAAAAUCAAUGUGAUCAUUUUUUUUCUACUAGAAUUUACAUAGCUUUGACACUGCAUGUUGUUAACAACUGACAAGUUAGUGUUUUUAAAGCAAGGACCAAACCACCUACAUGUUGUGCUCCUGAUCUCAGGUUUAUUUCUCUGAGGUGUGCGUGCAUUAGUUCAAAUCAGAUGUGCAGAUUUUUUCUUUCAGUAUCUAGGAUGAUGAUGAUGAUCCCAUUUGUCAUGCCUUUGUUCUUUGUUAUUAUCAAAGCAUACCAUUAACUGCCAUCAAGUGUCUCCAAUAAACAAUACAGGCGCUAGUCCAUAGUUGUUUCCCUGACAAAAUGUUUAGCGCUUGACUUUCCAAAGUUACAGCUGUUCAUUAGGCUAUAUGAUAUGUCUUCAAAACAGUUGUGUCAACUGUAAGAUUGUCUUAACAUCUUUCAAAGCCCCUGAUGAGGAGGGAAAUCCAGGCAGAAUUUGAGACAUUUUGGGUUAGUCAAAUGGCGAGCAGGAGAUUACAUAUAUUUUUUAUAUAAGACCAACCUAUAACAAGUUGUUAGUUGAACAUUUUGGGAAAAUAAAUAGUUUCAAGAACCUUUUUUAAAUAACAACUGAAUAUCCUCUGCUCUUCUUUCUGAAUAUGUUUUACAAAAGUGACUCAAGCUCUCAGACAAUUACAAAUGUAAUUUGUCAACAAUUGUUUUGUUUUUUUUUUACAAAAAGCUGAUGUCGAGCCCUGCCAAAAUGUCAAACAUCAAAGUGGUUAGGUGUUCAAAUGUUAAAUCAUUGUAGUUUUUCUUAAAAGUUAACCUAGGCUCUUAUCUCCUCCAAACCUGGAUGGGGGGUGUGUGGAUCAUUUAUCCCUGAAUCACUAAAUAACACAUCUAGCCACUAUUCUAUAUUCUGGCAUACGUCUGAAGAGUGGAUGCACAAAAAAUGAUCAAUUCAAGAAGGAUAAAAAGAACGACAUUUGUUUUAUCAGGGCAGAAGGUGGAGCUAAGGUGGAGCUUUUUUAUAUUUUUAUAACUCAUCCCCCAUUUCCAAGAAAAUAUGCCAAUUCUGAAAUAUAAUCAUCUAAACAGAACUGUGAUUGCUUUGGUCUGCUCCUGAUCCAGGUCACUUUUAUAGUUUGCAUCUACAUUUUAUCUUUGUUCGACACUGAUUGCAACACUCAACAGUUUUUUCAGAUAUCUCAAUGUCAUACAAAAUUAUAAAAUGUAAGAAAUUCAUUAUAGUAAGGCUGUGAUAUGCCAUAUCUAACCUAACAGGCAAUAGGAAGGGUCUUCAAUCUGUGUUGCCCCCAUGCUGUAGAACACCUGUGCUGGGCAGAGUAAAUAAAAAG